AUGGAUUCUUCCGUCAAACCCCCAGGCUACAAUCGCUAUGCUGAAGACUUCCUCUCAGCAGUGAACGGCCCCUCAUCUUCUAAUUACUCACAUCCUCCGCCUCAAUACACUCCUCGUGAUCCGUAUUUCAUGCCAAGUCUCCAGACCUCCAAGCAAAGCGAAUACUAUUAUUCCCGACCGAUGGCCACGCAGGAGUCGGCGAAUUCAACUCGGCAGGAUGAGUACCAUCACUACCGAACCAAUCCCAAUUUCUAUCACAGCCGUGAUACGCCUCCGGCAGCGGAGCGAAAUGCGCCUGUAGCGACGCAGAACGAGUACCACUGCUACAAGAACCAGCCCGAGUUUCAUCAUCAUCGACGUGAUGGUUUAAAUAUUCCUUCGACAACACCUCAAGGCGCGCCGAUGGGCAUGCAAGUGGCUACGGCCACUGAGAAUAAACUAGGCCAAGUGGCUCAGCAACGAGGCUUCUACUAUACUCGGCCACAGGCGCGGCCUCCGCCAGCGAGUGGGCAAUUUGUUUCACAUCAGCAAGAGGUCACGACUUCGAUGCGGGAUGCUUAUUAUCAUCGCCGGGACCAGGGAAAUUUACGAAAGUAA